ACACGAUGCAAGGCGCGCACCGUACAAGCGCGCCACUCCGUCCGCGGUGCCUGCAUGGGAUUGGGUGGAGGGGUGGUGGCAGCUGUGGACGGAACACAGGAUUGGUAGAGUUCAGCCCAAACUUGUUGACUCAUAAUAACCGAGCAGCUCCUUUCCAUCCACUACGGCGCGGAGCUGUCCAACGCCAGUGGUGCUGAAACUCCCAACCUCUGACUCCUCGUUGGACUAACACUUCAUCUUUUUCUGCUUUUAAUUCAUUCACUGAACAUUUGAAAGUUAGAUGCGUUCGUGUAACACACCCAGACGUAGAGUUUGAACACCCUUUGGCGGACACGUAUCCAUCGCCAAAGCUCUAUCCAAGAGCGCAUCGAGCCUUCAACUUCUCAUCUGGUCGACUAGAGAAUUCGCCAAGGCUCAAACAUGGCUUUCAUGGUAAAACACAUGGUGGGAGGACAGCUGAAGAACCUGACAGGCGGACUGACAGAGGAAAAAUCCGAAGGAGAGAAAUCAGAAGCCGCUGCGCAAGGGACCAAGGAAUUUGAACAGUACCAGCAACAGUUAGAGGAAAAAAAGCAAGAGCGAGAAGCUAAUUUUGCCCAGAAGAAAGCUGAGAGAGCUAGUCGGAGCCACUUCCGGGAAAAAUACAGACUACCAAAGAACGAGCUGGAUGAGACCCAGAUCCAGCAGGCGGGUGACGAUGUGCAGUUGCCAACAGAGCUGGCCAAGAUGAUUGCUGAGGACAACCAGGAGGAGGAACACAAGCAGUCUGUCCUGGGCCAGCUGACCAACAUCCAGAACGUGGAUAUUGACCAGCUGAAAGACAAAGCCCAGGCCACCCUGGAAGACCUUAAAAAGCAGACGGAGAACUGCAGACUUAUGUGAUGUGAUUAACUUUCAACCCCUAAAGAUUGGAGUUUUAGUUGUGCAAAUACUUUUGGAGCAAGAGCUUCUCUAUCAUUGGUUGAGUUAAACCUUAAUGGGAGUAGCCACAGCAUCACAGUUUUUCUGUUAAACUGAGAAUGAGGCACUGUGUUCUUGCUGCUAACUGGAAAAUGCAGUCUAGCCAUACCAUGUUAUCUGAGUUAUCCUCGCUGGCUUUCUAAGUCAAACCCUCCAUCCUAGCAUAUAAGUCUGUAGAUAAGCCAAUAAGAUUGACUGCUGACUUUCCAAGAUCAUGAAUGCCAUGGUCAUGAAUGACUGCAAAGAAGAAAAAAAGACAUUGCCAUAUAUAUUUUUACCUGCAUUUCCACCAGAAUUCCGUGUGGUUCCUUGGUUGUAGAGGUUUAACUCAACACAAGAAAGACUUACCAAACCCAAAUUUCUGUGAAGUCUAACUUCUAACUGGUGAAAGUAGGGUGGCUGGUCUUUGGUCGUAGAUGAUGUCCCCACAUGUACUCAUCACAUCACAUCAUCACCUGGCACCAAAGACUCAGUACACUACUUUUCACCAACAGAUGUUAGGCUGCACAGAUACUUGGAUUUGGUACAGCUCUGCAUCUAAGAAAUGUUUGUACAAAUGCAACUGCAAUCUCCCUCUCCUUCCCUAACCUCUUUCAGUCUGUGUACCUCACAUGACUAAUUAUACUACAAUGUGUGAUCUACAGCAUUUUACAUCGCUGCCAAACACUACAGCAGCUGCUCUCACUGAAGAGCUCACCUUCAGACAGCGAGGAUGAACUCAACAGUGGAACAAGCAGUUGUAGUAUUUGACUGGGAUGGAAACGUGCUCAUGGCUCUUAGUGGCUGAUGGUUGGAGACCACUGUUCUGCAGUGUGAAAAUGUGGAACAUGUAUGUUAUGGUAAAUAUGGGAAAAUUGUGAAUUUCUUUGGAGUAAAAGUAAAUGAAGGAACGCUUCUUGGGGUUGUUUACAAAAGCGCAUAAUCUUAAGAAUGGGAAAUAGCCAUGCAGAGCCACAAAUAAGGAGUAGGUCUUUGAAAUAAGUAGCUUAUCUUGGUACCCUGGUGCCCUGAUGAAAGCUCCAUGUGAGCUGAAAUGCAGUGGUAGCUUUUAUCUUCACCUAGACAUAUCACGAUGAAGGCUUUUUAGCUUUUUCCCUACUUCAGUGUGCCUCGGACGUCUUAAUAAGGUUGUCUUCUCUACAUUUCCAAGAUCUGUAUGGUACUUUCUACAAAGACAGUCCUCCUUGUUUGCUUGUUGCUCUGGUAAUUUUUUUGUUUGUUUGUUUGUUUUUUGUUUGUUUGAGCUAGCUACUCUAAUCUAAAGUGAUGCAAUUUGUAAUUUGUGUCAUCCUUAAGGACACGUCCGCAAGACACUUGCUGACAUUUUGGCUAUUGCAAGGAUCAAAAUUGUGACCUUUGCAUUAAAAAAAAAAAUACAGUCACUCUCCAACCACUGUGUGCAAAGGCUAAUAUG